AUGUAUAAAUAUCUUUUAAAAUUGUGUUCAGUGGCUGACACAAGAAAGAAUCUGAAGCAAGCCAAGAAAGUCAUGGCAGCAGGCGUGAUCAAGAACAUGUCAGAUUUUAAGCUAGUUCCUACUUUUCAGCUUCCCAUGCUAAAUAUCACUGUUCAUCAAGACAUGGAUUUCCAGGAAACAUCUGAGGAAGAGGAAGAGUUUGAAGAUGACAGUGAAGACAGAGAAUCAGAAUCUGUCACCAAAUGCAUUGAAAGUGAAAACUGGACUCCUGCAUGCCUGUCCUUCAAUCCUAUAGCAAACAACACAGACACCACAUUGCAGCUACUAAGGUUUACCGAGUUAAUCAACAAUGAUAUUCAGAAGUACUUCGGCAGAAAAAACAAGGAUGAUGAUCCCGAUGCUUGCAAUAUUUAUGAAGAUAGGUUUUCUUCUGGUAAAUCAGGAAGAGAACUGUACUAUGCAGAUCUAAUAAGAAUUGCACAAGAUGGAGAUCAAGAAGAGGAUGAAUCUCAUGUACAUUUAACAUCUCCCAGAGAUAUAGACAUACAGGCAUUGAAGUUAAUCUGUGACAAAGAAAGCAUUAAAAAAUUAGGACCCUUGGCAGAACUUUUUGAAUAUGGUUUGCAUAAGUACAUGAAACAAACAAUCUUCAACAGAAGAGAUAGCAAGAGACAAAGACUAGAUAGAAAAUAUGCCAAUGUAAUCCCAAUGCACAAUCGAAGGCUUCCUUUAUCUUUUUGGAGAGAGCCCAUUUCUGCUGUGCCUUGCUGUGUCCUUCACACCUGUACACCCGACUUCAGUGAUCUUUUAGCGAAUUGGACUUCAGAAUCAAGUGGACAAGAACUCCAAGUUACUAGAGAAAUCUCAACAGAAAUAAAUAGACAGUCAAUGGAAUCAGAAUCUUAUCAGGUUGUAUAA